CAUCUGAAAAGAAAUAAUGCUCAAACUUAGAAGAGAUUAUCUUAAUGUUACACUUCCGAAUUUUGCACUUAAACCAACUUACCUUCAAAACACUUUACUCCCUCAGGAAAUUUUCAAUGGAUAAAACCUACUUGAUGAAAACAGAAUUAUACAUAUAAUAUGAAACACUGGAAAGGUAUUUCCGUAACGGGCAAUGUUCUUUCAAAGGAAUUUAUUUUAUAACAAUCCCGAUAGGGGUUACGAUAACAAUGCAUUGUUUAUCUAAUGAAGUUAUUUUGCUUUUGUUAAUUUCUAUCGUUUAUGGUUAUAAUAUUGAUACAGAAUUUCCUAAGAUAUAUAGCGGACCCACUGGAUCUUAUUUUGGAGUUUCAGCAGAGAUUCUUAAAACCGAUUUAAAUAGUUGGAUACUUGUGGGUGCCGUUCGUGAUAAUUUCACCGACAGACCGGAAAUACCAAAUCCAGGAAAUGUGUACGCAUGCCCUGUAAAUUUUAAAGAAGAUGCAGAUUGUUUAGUCUUGAGCAGUUUAAGAUCUACAGAGUCUACUGGAUUAAGCAAACCUGAUAAUGUAUUUGAACAAAGGGAACAACUUUUAGGAGCCAGUAUACAUAUUCCCAAGGAUCCAAGUAAAUCUAUAUUAAUAUGUGCGCCAACAUGGAAAAACCUAAGGUUAUUCAACCAAUUAGACACAAAUACCGAUUCGUAUUUAGUAUCCGGUAACUGCUUCCAGCUUUGGAAUAGGAAUGAUCUUAAUCAAUCCACACUGAAUAUGUUUCGUAUGAAUCAGACAAUGAUCUCUGAUGUUUACAUUAAUCCGGAAGUUGGAUUUUCCAUCACAGAUUCUCCGCAUCCAAGUUUUGAUGUAAUAUUUGGUACACCAAAUGCAGGUCUGGGGUCCACAGGUGGCACAUUUGCUCAAGUAAAUCCUAGCAGGAAAACCCACCCUUUUAUCAUAGAGAGGUCUGAUCUACUUACAACUUACCAAUCAGGAUCAUAUUUUGGGUAUAGUUUAGCCUCUGGCAAUUUUGGAGAGUCCGGGUAUUAUUACGUUGUAGGAGCACCUGGUUUCAGUAACCAAAAUGGAGUCAUCGGCUCGUUUUCAAUCAUGGAAUUCAAUGGAGCAUCAGAGAGACAAGUGAAAUUAAUAGAGGGCCUGCAGACCGGGGGCGGCUUUGGCCAGACAUUAGCUAUAGCUGACUUAAAUGGUGACGGGAAUGACGAUAUCCUGGUCGGGGCACCUAAUUCCUAUCUAAAUAGAACGUCUAGAAACAAAGUGGUAUACGAUGUCGGCGCCGUUCACGUCUUUUAUGGAACCGGAUCUAUAGCUACCUAUGUUGAACAAGAUCCUCACACUAUAUACGGAUCAGAAAUUCAGGGAUCGAGAUUCGGUACAGCUGUAUCUGCAGUGGGAGAUCUCAACAAAGAUGGUUUGAAUGACAUUGUUGUUGGUGCCCCAUAUGAAGAUGGAAUUGGAGCCGUCUACAUUUUCAAUGGAAAUAAACCUAGACUUGAAGACUCAUUUUCGCAAAGAAUUCUUGGCAAAGAUAUUAAAAUGGGAUUAAAUGGGUUUGGUUAUUAUAUAUCCAAAAGUGCUAAAGAUCUAGAUGAAAAUGAAUAUAACGAUUUUGCAGUCGGGGCAUACAAAUCAGAUAACGUGGUUCUUCUAAGAGCAAGACCUAUCAUAGAAGUGCAAUCUACCAUCAGCUUCAAUGAAAAUCCUGUUCCAAUUAGUUCUGAAGGAACAAUCUGUCAAAUACCUGGAUCCACCAACCCUUGCUUCAACUUUAAUGUCUGUUUUAACUUCACUGGCGAAGGCAUCAGCAACACAUACAUUGACUUAAAUAUAACGGCAGAUGAAGACAGUAGAAGACCAAGAGUUCUGUUUGACGUGGACACCCAGCAGAAUAAAAUCAAUAUAUCUUUAAUAGAAAUCUUCUCUUACAAGAAUGUUUGUCUGAACUUCACACUCCGAAAUGAAAUAGUUGACCGACAGUUCUUUGCGACUAUCGAAAAACCAGUUGUUUUAGAAGUUGCUUACAGAUUAAGUACUCAAUUCAUUCCGUCCAAUGUCCGGGCAAUUAUGAAACGGAAUGCGUCAAAUAAAGUUAAAAGUCAGGUUUCAUUCGAUACUGGAUGUAGAAAUAUGACCACUUGUUACUCCAACCUAAAUAUCGUCUCAAAUCUUGACAAGACAAGCUUCAAGGUUGGAAGUGAUACAGAUAUAAGUUUGAACAUUGUGAUUAAAAACUCUGGGGAACCUUCGUUCAGAUCUUCGUUGAGAAUACAAUACCCGACAAUUUUUGAAUAUUCUGGUUUCAAAAUGGAGAGCCUUUCUGAGCAAAUAACAUGUAAAACAAAAUCAGCCUCUACUGAUAUAUCGGAAUUUUUGUGUGACCUGGACGAUCCGUUUUAUCCACAUAUGCUAGUGAAUAUCACUGUAUAUUUCUACUUAGCCAGAAAUAUGAUAGCUAAUCCGGAUUUAAUAACCUCCCCGAUUUUGAAUUUCAUCACCUCAGCCUCGACCAAUCACGACACUGAUAUGAAGGAUAAUGAAGAUAUAGACAUUUUACAACUUAGUUUGCUGACGGAUGUUUCACUCAAAGUAUCCUCCUCAGAUGAACAGAUUCUGGCAACAAACAACAGUGUACAAUUCACCAAUACUUAUACCUUAUACAACGAUGGACCAUCUCCAAUUGAAAAAGCUUUAAUUUAUUUAUCUUUCCCGGUUCAAUACGAAGAGAAAGUAAUGAUAGAUCGAGAAAAUGCACUGCCAACAGUAACAACUGCGGGCGAUACCUGUAUUUUAAAGUAUCAUCCAGAACAACUCAAGUCGUCUGUUAAAAAGCAGUCAUUAACAUCAGAAUCUAGAGAAUUGAGGACGAUCAGCGAAUUAAGGAGCGAUUUAAAAUUGCAACCAUUUACAGAACGAUCUGAAACAUCACAGACUAUGUUCUGCGAUUCUUUGGAUAAUGGUUACGACUGCGCUGUUGUUGAGUGCAUGGUUUCCAAUGUAAAGCCUUCAGAAACGGACAGCAGAUCCUUUACAAUGGCUUUUCAUUUGCAGACUUCAUUGCUUCCACCUUUACAAAAGGGGAAAGCCUUUUUGACAUUCGUUGUGCAAACAAAUGUUUUCCCGGCUCCUGGAACACGAAUUCCACUGGAAUUUGUAAAGAAUGCUACAGGCGAGGUUUCGGUGAAUAUUCUGCUGUCAGAGUCCUUCAAUCAGCCGGCAGAAGAAAUCGACCUUUGGAUAAUUAUAGUGGCUGUUCUGUUCAGUAUACUGUUGUUUAUCAUUCUCGGGAUUGUCUUAUGGAAGUGUGGAUUUUUCGAGAGAAAGAAGAGGAAAGAAAUAAAUGCCUUUAAAAGAAAAACCCAGAUGUCGAUCAAAAGUGGUCGCAGUAUGCGCAGCGGCGCUGCAGGCUCAAUUAAAAGCUCCAAAAGUAUACCUACUGGCUCCUUUAGGGUGAAAAAGAUGGGAGAUGAUCACGAAAAACUCCACGAUAAAAAUGCACUGGACAACUCCACCGAUUGAGACUAUUAGCAACUCAGGGAUCUGAUUGUUCUAUUUUUU